AUGGCUGGGUCAGGUACUAUCUUCCACCCCUCAUCCAUGGAUCCUCCCUUGAGUUUGUGGUAUGCCAGCUCAGGGAAUGCACACGCACUUUUUGUGGGGAAGCUAAGAGUGGCAUUGACUGGUCUCGUUAUCUUUUCUGCACAGCUUACCUCAAGUGGAAACACUGUGAAACACCAGGCAUUAAGACUCUAUGCAACCUCACCCAACUUCUGAAUAAGCUUCAAAAAGACCACAGAGAUGAUGUCUACCUUUACAUCUCUGGCUACCUGAAUCCCAAUAAGCUCUACAGGCCUCCGGAAACGAUCUUAUACCACUGGCCUAAUGCCAAUCGGCCGAGGGGGGAAGAAGUCUCCAGAAAGGAAAAACAACCUGAUGAGAAGGUUGCAAAGAUGAAGGAUGCAUUGGCUGAUUUUACCAUUAACACUGCUCUGGUUCCAGACGAUGCUAAGAACACACCGCUAUUCCGGUACCUGAACCCCAAGCCUCCUGGUCUGGAUUCCAUUGCAGGGGGGAUUGUGAAAGAAGGGAUAAAAGAGAUGGGUGGGCUUCCUUCUGAGCAGCUAAAGAGAGAAGAGCUGAGAUUGCCAGCGAUGAGAGUUCUGAAGUACAAACCCAUGCAGUCCAGCCGCCAGUGUGUGAUGUCCCCCCCUGGCAAGGAUGAAUACCAAUACAUUGACUCGUAUUUAGCUGGUAUAACUAAAGCUGACAGAUACAGGAGGUUUAUGUGCUUCCAAAAAGACAUCCUCGCCAAGCAAGAUCUUCUGAAAAAUGAUUUUACAGGGAGCAAGAUAGUGGUGCACCAUGAACGGAAGUUAGAGCAGGAGCUCCAGAAAAUAUGCGUGUGCCAGGCUCCACAGUUGAGUCGACUGCAGGUCUUUGGAAAUGUCUUUGAAGAUAUUUGUAAUAGUUCCUUUAUAUUUGGUGAUAUUCUGAAAGAAAUUAAGAAUGAAUAUGAACUCUACAUGGCCAUCCUCCUGGCCUCCCAGCCCACAGCCCAGUACAAGACUUUGCUGGCUCACCUAAAGGGACUGGAGAGGAGUCCUGUGAAGACAGCCGAUGUGGACCAGGCCAGGGAGGAGUUGAGGGUGAUUGUGAGGGCCACCAAAGCUGCCAUGGAGCACAAUGACAAACUCAGAAGUGAAUUAGAGGCGGAGCGUUUGUCGCUGCAAUCUGCUAAGGAAAAAUCAGGAUCAUCUAAGAAAAAUGUAAUUGAAGAGGACCUUACUCUUAUUGAGAAGGUUGAGAAGAAGAGAUGUGAAAUACUCAAUAAGUGGGAUGAAAUUCAAGCUCUUGAAAAAGAAAUUAAAACCACUUUGAUUCAUAAAGGGAUUUCAGACAUCACAGAGAGCAGCAUUAAAAGCAUAGAGAGUGAAGCUACAAAAUUGGAGACAUCAAAUAGGGUUUUAAAGAAGAAAAUAAAUGGACCUUUGGGGAUUUAUUAAUGAAUUUGUAAAAUCAGAAGAAACAAAAAGUAA